AUGGCAACAGACACCAGACGCCAGAAUGCAGGAAGAGUGCCGGUUGCUUUGCCCAAGGGUGAGCCAGCUCAGCCUGCAGCAUCUUCAGUCUCUCAGGAUGUCAGUUUGCAAUUAGCGAUUGGAAGUCGUGUCCGCCUUACCACUGCUGCGCCAAACCAAACGACCGUGGAAGGUACUGUCUACACAGCUGAUCCCCUGACCAACCUUCUUGUGGUGAACACCAAUACAAAUUCUGCCAUUCCCAUUACCUCCACAUCCCUCGUCGCACCACCUGGCGCCUAUCGAAUCAUCCCCAUCUCGCAAAUUAGCAGUUUCCAACUUAUCUCGUUGCCUCAACCCUCAGCCGAGUCUGCGAGCAUUGCGGUGCUUAACACAGUCGACGCCAAUGCUGUGCAAGCCCGGCUCGCGAGGAACAUAGCUGCCCAACAAGCCGCACAAGCCCGCGUCGGUCCCAAAGGCACUAGCCCAAUAGACCAAGCACUGUUCGAUGCCCUCUCGCGAACACACCCAGCUCGCUGGUCUGGCAACGUGAUGGUGAUCUCGGAUACUUUCCUGAUCGAUAAACCCUAUGGCGCGGCAAAUGUUCGGCAUGCUGAGGGUCGAGACGGUGAUCUUGACCGAAUGAAGAAGGUGGUAGACAUGGAGCGGCAGAAGAUCACACUGAGAUUUGCAAAAGGAUCGCUCGAUGGGAAGCUAGGAUCUGAGGUUUCGCCUGUCAAAGCGGCUUCCGCCGCAGGCAUGAAGAAGGGUGGCUAA